CUUACUGUAUAUAUACACACGCAUAUACACACACACACACACACACACACACACACGUGUAGAGAGAGAGAUAUUAGAAAUUUGCUCCAAGUAAUUUGUUUACCCUCUCGAUUGGGUAAGAGCGAUCGAUCUGUCGCUUAUAUCAUAUUAUCAAAAUCCGAUUAUUGUUAAAUAAACGGAGCGCAUCAAACAUCGAUUAAAGGAUGGAUACGUAUCUUUAUGCGAGCAUCUUUGAAUUUCUUAAAAGCUCCGAUCUCGUAGAAAAUUUAUCUGUCAGCGAUAAUUCCAAAGAUGGCUGCUGAUGACAAUAUAAACUGUUCGUUCAAUCGGAAAGAAAAAAAUAACUGUUCUCGGCUGUAUCAUGAAAAUCUUGACAAAGUAUACAGUAGUGAAACAACAUUAAAUCCUAAAUAUUGUAAUAUGUUGAAUGAAGGUCAUCGAUCCAACAAGGAUAUCGUUCAACAGCCUCGCUGUCAUGAAAAAUUAAAAAGCUCGUCCUCUGGGCCAGAGGUUCGUUAUAUCAAUCCGGCUAUUUAUGCGGAAUCUCUAAACAACGAAGACUACGAGGAAGAGACGACGAAUAUCAGGAUGCGCGUUGGUCCUACUAACAAGACCAAGAUUUUGGAGAAUGUUGGCGCAAAUAAGCGACUCAUCGAGGUUAAUAGCGGCGAUACAGCUACAAGAACGGCCAAUAUGCUCUCUUGCUUGUCCUUGAAGGAAGGAUUGGUCCCUUCGCCCAAUGAUUAUGCCGAUGAUGAAAUCGCGUCGCCGGAAACUUAUCGCUGUUACUUUUCUACGUCAACGUCAUCCAUCGACAAAUCUUCUGCCGGUCAUUCCGAAUCCAUCUUUAACGUCAAACCAAUUUCUCAUCGUCGAGUCGAACGACGAUGCAGAAUCGACGAUAAAACGAGCAGUGAACGACAACGAUCGUUUACGAACGUUCUCGUCGCCGACGACAGACAAAAGUAUCAACCAGAAGUACGGAGGUAUAUCAUAAACGGCCAUAGGGUAGUUCAUAUAUCAACAACAUCAUCGAUCGACAGCUCGAAAGCUUCUCGGGUGGUCGAGGAAUCCUCGCCGGUCAGAAAAAGUGCUCACGAGGAAUGGUUACGCAAAAAGCGAUUGUACCUUCAACGUAAAAGAGAAAAAGAGGAAAUGCUGGAAACGAAGAAACGGGAGGAAGAGGAGAGAUUGGCGCGCGAAAGGGAAGAAAAGGGACGGAGGGAAAGGGAGAAUUUUUUCAAGUGGGCAGAAAGGAAGAGGAAAGAGGAAGAGGAUAAAAGGGCGGCCCUUGAGAAGGAAAUGGAAAUAGAAAAACAAUUGAAAGAAUUUGAGGAGAAAGCGUUAGUCGCAAAAGCCUUGUGCCUUCGACAAUGGACUCGUAAAAAGGAUGAGGAACAGAAAGCGCAACAAAGAGCGCAACAGUUGAAGGAAGAACAAGACGAGGAAGAACGGAAAAGGAGGCAGGAGGUGAGCUUGAAGGCAUACGAGGAGUGGCGAGAGAGGUCGAAGAAUCGGCCUAAACCUGCGACCCAAGGAUUACUUCCCCACCAAGCGGCAAUGCCGACAUUUGUAAAUCCCACGCCAUGGCAAAAGCUCAUCGACGACGAUACGGACGACGGGCAAGGGGACGGCGUUAAAAGGACGAAAGUGAAACGAAAAAUUAAAAAUAAAAAGGGAGAGCAUUGACGUAAUCAAUGUCGUGAAAGCUACAGUUUUGAAAGCUCAUAUUUCGGGAUAAAUGAUGAUCGUUAAGAUUCGCUUGUCUUAGAUGAGCGCGUAUCGUUGCUCUUACAAGCGUUGCAUCUAUAUACGUGCGUGGUGUCAGUCUGGAUCAAUGGCCAUAUUGGAUGGACGAUGACGAAUCAUGGGAUUAUAAAGAAAAGUAUUGACAUAUGCGCAUUCACAAUUAUACAACAUCAACUUAUUAAUAUUAUAUUUCGUAUGUUACAUCCUUCUGACUAUUUACCGAUUAUAUGAUUUCCUCUACACUCUGUCCGAGUUAUUUAUUGUGAUUAAAUUAUAAUAAAUUGAAAAUAUCCGACGGAAAAGAGAGGAGAUAUAACAUAUUGUUUAACCAAAGUAGGAUAAAUGAUAAAAUUAAAGGAAUAUAUUGCUAUAGACUUACAUGCCCAUAAGUACUUAAAUCAUUCCAAUUAUUCAUUAAUAAUUGUGUUCUUAACGAAGCGAUAACGACAGUAUUAUUGUGCGCCGUUGCAUAAACUAUGCAGGUAAUAAUAUUCCCGAUAAACAUGACUAAAAAGUAUCUGCGAAUAAAAAUACAAUGCUUAUACGUUA